AUGACGGAGAUCACAAUUCGUUUGGUUAGAGAAAAAGACGACCGUUUGUUCAAGGGUAUCGAAGUGGAUAGUGAGAUUAUGUAUUCUGACCUAAAAAAACGAAUUGAGACUGAGACGAAAAUGCCUGCCUGUUUUCAACAAGUAGAAUUCCGAAGUAAAACACUACCCGUUGUUGAGCGACCUGUUCAAGAUAUUAACGUUGCCGAAGAAAUUAUUGUGGUAAGUUGA